AUGGAUGUUAAUGUCGAUGACGAUGACAUACAAAAAGUAAUACGCCAACAGAAGGAACUUGAAACAUACAGACCUAAGACUCAACCAGAGACAGUGAUAAUUUCAGACUCGGACUCGAGUGUGACGGAUCAUAUAGAUUUGUUCGAUGAAAAUUACCCUGUACCAUUCUCAGUAAUUUAUGGUUUACCAAUUUCAUUUCGCAAUUUCGCAUUUCACUUUCUGAGGUCACAUAAUUGGAGAAAUAUGCAGAUUUUUGUGAAAACUUUAACUGGGAAGACUAUUACGUUAGAAGUCGAACCCUCCGAUACCAUUGAAAAUGUUAAAGCGAAAAUACAGGAUAAAGAAGGCAUUCCUCCAGAUCAGCAGAGACUGAUUUUUGCAGGAAAGCAGUUGGAAGAUGGUCGUACCCUUUCAGAUUAUAAUAUUCAAAAAGAAUCUACACUUCAUCUUGUAUUACGUCUGCGUGGUGGGAUGCAAAUUUUCGUGAAGACACUUACUGGUAAAACAAUUACACUAGAAGUUGAGCCUGCUGAUACCAUUGAAAAUGUAAAAGCUAAAAUACAGGAUAAGGAGGGUAUUCCCCCAGACCAGCAGAGACUCAUAUUUGCUGGUAAACAACUUGAAGAUGGUCGAACUUUGUCAGACUAUAAUAUCCAGAAAGAAUCUACUUUGCACCUUGUCUUGCGUCUCAGGGGUGGGAUGCAAAUAUUUGUUAAGACACUAACUGGAAAAACAAUUACCUUGGAAGUGGAACCAUCAGAUACCAUAGAGAAUGUUAAAGCUAAGAUUCAAGAUAAGGAAGGCAUCCCGCCAGACCAACAGCGUCUCAUCUUUGCUGGUAAGCAAUUAGAGGAUGGACGCACUCUUUCAGAUUACAAUAUUCAAAAAGAGUCCACACUGCAUCUUGUACUGCGUCUCAGGGGUGGGAUGCAAAUAUUUGUUAAGACACUAACUGGAAAAACAAUCACCUUGGAAGUGGAACCAUCAGAUACCAUAGAGAAUGUUAAAGCCAAGAUUCAAGACAAGGAGGGCAUCCCGCCUGAUCAGCAACGUCUCAUCUUUGCUGGUAAGCAGUUAGAGGAUGGUCGUACCUUAUCUGACUACAACAUCCAAAAAGAGUCCACUCUUCAUCUUGUACUACGUCUCAGGGGUGGGAUGCAAAUAUUUGUUAAGACACUAACUGGAAAAACAAUCACCUUGGAAGUGGAACCAUCAGAUACCAUAGAGAAUGUUAAAGCUAAGAUUCAAGAUAAGGAAGGCAUCCCGCCAGACCAACAGCGUCUCAUCUUUGCUGGUAAGCAAUUGGAGGAUGGUCGUACUCUUUCAGAUUAUAAUAUACAAAAGGAAUCAACUUUGCAUUUGGUUCUUCGUCUUCGUGGUGGCAAUUAA